ACCAAAACGCGCGUUCCCACUUGUAACUUCGCCCCGCUCUGCCGAUACAUUCCACACAUCCCAUCCAUCCACGCAUUCCACUCCACUCAAACUUCAGCAUCUUUUAUUCAUACCACCCUUCAUUCUGUCUCCCCACAUAAACUCUCUUUAAUCCGGUGCUCUCUUUUGCUCUGCUCCUUCAACGCGCAUUCACAGGCCGCUCACCAUGACCGAACGUGAUUCCAUUCCUGGUCACGGCAGCACCAGCCAUACCAGCCAGUCAACAGCCAAUACAGAGCCCAGGGUCGACAGAACAGCCCACACCCCAGUUCCAUCCUCUACCGGCGGUGGCACAAACGGAGGCGAUUUGCUGGCAAUCGAGCGCCUUGCGCUGGGCUCCGAAAACAGGGCCACGUACCCCGUCAGUGCGUCUUUGCUAUCUUCGGCGAACAGUCUUGGCGAUAAUCGAAACCUUCACACACCUCUAUCGUCUGCCUCCAUGAAUCCUUUUCGUCGUAGUCCCUCUGUGUCUCCGCCAUUGAGUGCCACGACCGCAUCGGCUAGAGAUAUCAGCUUUCAGAACGAGGACCCCUUCUCCAUCUCUGCUACCUCUGCUGGACAAAAUCUGAACUCUCACCCUUCACACGCAGUCGCUUCGUCUCAAUCAUGGGAACAGAAUCCGAGUUCAACGACGGGUUUGGAUAGUCCACCAGAAUUGCCUCCACCACCAGCCUAUGUCCAAAUUGAGGAGCCAUUCUCAGCAGAGCCAGUGAACACCUCGUUUCCCGUAUCACCGGCGUUUCCUACAUCACCAGAAAUCACAGCAGCUACUGUAGAGACAUCCUUGAGCACAUCCGCGACCUCAGCACCACCAUCAGAACGUGCACAGCCCAGAUCGACACCUGUAAGAGAGUCAGAACCAGUGAACGAAUACGUGCUGAAGCCCAUUGACUGGAUCGAACCUUCAACAGGGGUUGAGAAACGCAUAAAGAUCAUCACCCAGAAUGAGAAUGGCCCCUGCCCAUUGCUGGCGCUGUGCAAUACACUAGUCCUACAAGGCAAAGUUGCGAUUACACCAUAUGAUCGUCCUACGAUCGGAUACGACCAUCUUUUGGAACUACUGGCGGACUAUCUCCUGAACGAGGACCCUUCGGAGCCCAAUGCUUCUUCAUCAUCUUCAAGAGAAUCGCGAACAGGACGGAGGAUCGAAUCUGAAAGGAUAAAGUCCCGUCUCGAAAUCGAGUCGGCCCUGCGGCUCCUCCCACAUCUGGAGCAUGGACUGGACGUGAACGUGUUCUUCAAAACGAUCCGUGGAUUCGAACCGACGGCAGAGCUGGGACUCUUUCACACAUUCGGCGUGGAGCUUGUCCAUGGAUGGGUUGUGAGUCCCGUUAGCGACGCGGCUAUGUAUGCACUUGUGGACGGACCUGCGGGAAUCACCAGCUAUAAUAAGGCAGUCGAGUGUAUUGUUAGUGGCGAUGACGCAGGGGGCGGAUUAGUGGUCGAGGAUUCGCGGGGCAAUAUUACAUUCACCUCAUCUUCCAAUUAUGCUUCUGAGAGCAGUAAUGUGAGUGCUCAGGAUGCACAGCUACAGAACGAGAAGAUUGCGCAGGCGUUGGUUGUGCAGGAGUUCAUGACUGCGACCAAGACCCAGUUAACGCGAUAUGGACUGCAUGUUCUGCAAGAGAGUCUUCCUGAGGGCCACCUCUGUGCCUUUUUCAGGAACAAUCACUUCUGCACGCUCUUCAAGAACCCUAUGGAUGGCACCCUUUAUACCCUCGUCACGGAUCAGAGCCUUGCUCAUGAACAGGCCAUCGUCUGGGAGUCGCUAGUAGAUGUCGACGGCGCAGGCGAGUUCUUGGACGGAUUGUUUCGACACGGUGCACUGGAGGUUGGAGACUAUGCACGCAACAACCAGCCGCUCGACGCUCAGCAUUCAGCACAUGGCGAUGGUGGAGGCGACGAAGACUUCGCUCUCGCACUGCAAUUGCAGCAGCAGGAAGAGGAAGAAGAGGCUCGGCGCAUUGAGAGGUCAAAGAGCCGGGCCUCGGACUCUCGUAAUGGCGGCGUCGGACAUAACGAAGGUGGCGGAAGCAGUAGCGGCGGCGGCGUCUUCAGCUCAUCACAGCAGCAAACAUACGAGACGGAUGAGCAAAUGGCGGCACGGUUACAUCAGGCAUAUCUUCUUGACAGCCAACAGCGACAACAACAACAACAGCAGCAGCAGCAGCAGCCACCAGCAGCGCACAAUGUCAAUGUGGGCAAUAGGCCGUACCCAGCACCAGGAGCGCCACAUUCAACUUACGAGCCACAUUAUCCAGGAUCUGGACCCGUCCAACAGCAGCAGCAGUGGGCGUCACCAGCGGCACCUCAAGCUCAGCGAACAAGCACAUACCAGCAACCUUUUUCUGCAGCACCAUUGCGACCGCAUCUUCAAGGUCAGGUACAGCGGCCAAGCGGGUACCAUAGCAAGGGAAACUCGAGCGACGCAAGCAGUCGGAAAGAUAUUGAGAAAUGCAUCAUUUCAUAGUGAUGCAAAGAAUCAAAUUUCCUGGUGCUGUGCACCAGCUCUUUUUUUUUCAUAUUUUGUAAUUUGUAAUAAAUCCCUGCGACCAUAUAUCAAGAUCUAAAUGAAUCUAGUUUUUAUUUUUGAAUGGGGAGAGAGAGAUCGAAAAGGGCAGGUGGAGCUCAAGAGAUGAAUAUAAAUGAACAGGGGAAGGCUGUGAAAUCCUUACUCGGCGGCAAUAGCGGGCUUCUCCUGGGCCUUCAAUCCUUGACGGUAACUAGAUAAUAUUUGCAGUGGAAGUGGAGUGUGUAUCAGUCAAU